AUGGUCGUAGCUAUCUGUUCGACGACUAAACUGCGAAUAAUUCCCAAGGAGAGUUUAAGAUUAUAUCCUCCGGCACCCACCACCGGAAGGACCCUGAGUGAAGACGUGGAAUGCGAUGGAUAUCGAAUUCCUAAAGGGACGAACUGCGUGGUACUUAUCUACUUCCUGCAUCGUAACCCGGAAGUGUUUCCCAAUCCGGAAGUUUUCGAUCCGGACAGGUUCUUACCCGAAAAUUGUGCCGGAAGACAUCCUUACGCCUUCAUCCCCUUCUCUGCAGGUCCUAGAAAUUGUAUAGGACAGAAAUUUGCAAUUAUGGAAGAGAAAACAGUUUUGGCUAAUGUCAUGAGAAAUUUCCAUGUCGAAUCCUUAGACGAGACGGUGCAACCCGUUUUGAGUGUCAUUCUUAGACCUUAUGGUCCCAUUAGAAUCCGAAUUAAACCAAGGAAAAGGAUAGAAGAACAUUAAUGUUUUACAUAGAGAAAAUUUGAAGUAAUCUCAAAAGAAUUGAUUCUACAGACUAUCGAUCUCGGUGUAAUUCUUCCAGCUCAUUGAACCUAUACGGAAUCAAUAAUGUAGUUUCUACAACAAAUCAAUCUAUUGUCCUGAUUGAAAAGACUCGUGGUAGAAACAUUAAAAUUGCAUUGGCAUAACGCGUAAUUUCUUUGUAACCCUAUCUUAUAUUUCAAAUAACCAACAUAAGAAAGAUACAUUUUAAUUUCUAU